CGGCAAACAACGAUCUAGCGCGAGCUUCGUCGUCAUUGGAACAUCCAACGUAGCUAGCCGACAGAUCCGUUUAGCAGAUUCUAAAAAUAAAAGCAAAAAUGGUUAAACUUGGCGACGUAUUUCCUAACUUCUCCGCUGAUACAUCAGAAGGAAAGAUUGAAAAGUUUCACGAUUGGAUUGGUUCUUCAUGGGCUAUAUUGUUCUCUCAUCCAGCUGACUAUACUCCAGUUUGCACCACUGAGUUAGCUAGAGUUGUGAACCUUGAACCUGAGUUUAAAAGAAGGGAUGUGAAACUGAUUGCCUUGUCAUGUGAUGAUGUGACAAGCCACAUUGGAUGGGGCAAGGAUGUCCUUGAAUAUGCUGGCUGCUCAGCAAGCAAACUUCCUUACCCAAUCAUUGCUGAUGAGAAGAGAGAGUUAGCAGUUGAACUUGGUAUGAUUGACCCAGACGAGAAAACCAAAGAGGGACUUCCUCUUACUGCCCGUGCUGUGUUUAUUAUUGGACCAGACAAGAAAUUGAAACUCUCUAUCCUGUAUCCUGCUACUACUGGUCGUAAUUUCAAUGAAAUUUUGAGGGUCAUUGACUCACUUCAGUUAACUGCCACCAGAAAAGUAGCCACACCAGUGGAUUGGCAGAAUGGAGAUAAAUGUAUGGUGAUUCCAUCUGUAUCCAAAGAAGAAGCUGAGCAGCUUUUCCCUGAUCAUGAAGUUCGUACACUUCCUUCUGGAAAAGAGUAUCUGCGCUUAACUACCCAGCCAAAAUAAAUUGUUAUAAAAAAUUUACUUAUUGAUACUAUUUCACUUAUUUUUGCAUUAAUGUUUCCACUUUAACAAAUGAGUUAAAAGUGAUGAUUUUUAGUUCACGGAGCUAUAAUUAUCCAAUACUAAUUAUAUGCCAUAAGUUUGGGUUUGUUUUUUGUUUGUUAUAAAAAUCAUUUAUUUUUAUCAUAUCAGGCUAUUGCCUUUAUUUAUCAACAACCACUAUGCAUAUCAAGUAUUUGAAAUGGUCAUUGUUUCUAUUUGAUCCAUGUAACCAAAGCAAAACAAUGUUUAAUGGUUUUAUAAAUGUUAUUUCAAUGACCAGUUGCUAAACAUGGUUUGGGCUCAUAUUUGUUACAUUUUAUUGUGAUUCAAAUAAAUACAAAAAAUUAUUUUUAAAACUACAA